CGUACACUGCUUGCAGUACUAUGCCAGUGGUCAUAGUUUUGUUGAAGUUAUGCUUCUUUCUACUUCAUCGGGAAGAAAUGCUGUCAAUGCUGAAAUACACGGAAGAUAACUUUUGGUACGUCCAGUACGAUGCGUACGGCCGCAAAAUUUUAGAACAGAUCAAUAAAAAGGGAACAAUAUUAUUGUUCACCUUUACGUUCUUCACCCAAGGAGCCGUUUUAUCGUAUCUCCUGACGCCUAUAAUUGAAAAUAAGGGAAAAAACGAAACCGAGAGAAUACUCAUGUUUAAUGUCUGGGUCGGAAUUUCGACAAACGUCUCGCCUAACUAUGAAAUAGUUUUUUUUUUCGAGUUUAUAGCGCUAAUUCACUCAGGCCUGUGCUUCUGCUGCUUCGAUAAUCUCUUAGGACUGAUAAACAUGCACGCCGCUGGCCAGUUCAAAAUGCUUCAGCAUCGCUUCGAAACUAUUCUUCAGAAAGUCGAACGGACAGGUACCGUAGAAAUGCUCACCCAGAAAAAGAAACAUCAAGUAUACGAAGAGAUUAUAGAAUGCGUCGCAAUACAUCACAAGUUAAUCUGGUACAGUGAAAGCAUGGAACGUCUGUUCAUGUAUACAACCCUCUGUCAACUCCUGUCAUCCGCUAUCUUGCUUUGCGUUUCGGGUUUGCAAAUAUUUUUGGGCCAAGGUACGAUCGUCAGACGAAUGAUAUUUAUCGCCCAUUCAAAUGCAUGCUUCUUCCAACUGUUCGUGAUUACGUUGACGUCGAACGAUUUGAUAGACGAGAGUCGCGCGAUAGGAGAUGCGGCAUACAAUGCCAAUUGGCAAGUUUUGGCCCACAAGGAUAACAAAGGCAUCAGAAAUGCUGUUCUGAUGAUCAUAAUGCGAUCCAAGCGUCCUUGCUCCAUAUCAGCUGGUGGUUUCUUCCCGGUAUCUCUCGAGACGUUUAUGACGGUGCUGAGCACCUCGGUAUCCUAUUUUACUUUACUUCGCAAUGGGUAUCUUUUACCCGACGAUGGUCCAGAGAAGGAAAGGGCUAAUUAUUAUCAUGAUCAGAGUACGUCGACCAUGUAUAUUAACCGCUGGGAAUAUCACGAUUAUGUCCUUUCUAUUACUGAAGCGGAAACGACGAAGGAAGCAAACUGGCGCAUUGUCAAGACCGCUAAAACCGAAUCCCCAUCACCGAUUGAUUGUCUUAGCAAGAAAGACGCGUAUGAUUGCAGCUUGUCACCACCUAAUCGGCCACUUACGCCGAGAUAUAGCUCGGUCGUUCGGAUGUACUUAGAGCUGCUGUGGCGUAAGAAAAUCACAAGUUCCGGCAUGACGCGAAGUAAGGAAUACCGAUCGGUAAGUAUUACGCGGAUCUUCAUGAAAAUGGUAGGCCUCUGGUACGUCGAAACAGCUCGGGAACAGCUGUUCCUGCGCAUCGCGUUUGGCUAUGCCGUUUGGGCAAUUGUCUUCGCCAUUCUUGUCGAGGGGGUCGAUCUGUACCAUUGCAUAGGUGACUUUUACUCACUUUCGACGAUACAUUCGGGUAUAUGUACUUGUUGUUUUGAUAAUUUCGUAAGCACGUUCAAUAUCCACGUGGCCGCACAACUGAAAAUUUUGGCACAUAAAGUGGAAACGAUCGCCGAAGAUUGCAUCAACACCGUGAUCGGCAAAAACUACCUGUCUGAAACGGAUUUCGCGAUGUUAACAUUUAGGAAUUUGCGAGAUUGUGUGAAGCAGCAUCUUAUGCUCAUCCAUUACGUGCAUAACAUGCAACGUGUAUUCACUGUUAUAUUGCUCGGACAAUUGCUGCUCUCCAGUGUAGUCAUCUGCUUCGGUGGAUUUCAGUUUCUCGCGGCAGAUGUGGUUAUCAGAAAGUGCAUUUUUGCCUUCCACUUUGUGGGCGGACUUAUCCAGUUACUUAUUUAUACAUGGACGUGUAAUGACAUAAUUGUGCAAAGCGCAGCUAUCUCCGAUGCCGCUUAUAAUUCCAAGUGGUAUCUCUUACCCGACAAUGGCUCAGGAAAGGCAGUGAAGAAAGGAUUACUUUUAAUCAUGAUCAGAGCUCGUCGACCAUGUGCAUUAACUGCUGGAAGUUUCGCAGUUAUGUCUUUGGACACUUUUACCGGGAUAUUAAGUACUGCAAUGUCGUACUUUACAUUGUUACGACAAAUGAGCGAAGAAAAUAUAUAG